GAUGGCCGACACCAUGGUCGUGUGAAUUGACAUUCCAAGUUGACUUACCGAUAUCAAAGACGCAAACAUAUACGCGUUAUUGGACGAGUCGCACUGUGUCGGAACCCUGCGAAAAUUACGGAGCGACACUCGGCCGAACCGAAUAGCGAAUUUAAGCCUCUUAGUAAAUACCUAGAAUGCUGGCUGGCAAAGUGCCUGUCGGGUCGGCAGUGCCACCGCGCAACACCGCUCCCUCCGGCAAGGGGUCAAAGGUGCUCGUGGUGAACGCCGGCAGCUCCAGCAUCAAGUUUAAAAUCUUCACAGCGGAGACGCUGUUGCCCGGCGCCGCUGGCCUGUUUGACCGUAUCGGUGACCCGGCCAACUGCGUGUUGAAGGCUAGCGUGCCCGACGAUGGCGGCAAGCCCAAGAAGUUCGAGAAGAAGAUUCCCGCCAAGGACCACCUGACGGCGAUGCAGGACAUCAUGAGCUUCAUUGACGAGAACGUGUCGAGCACCUUUGCGAGCGAGGUCUGCGCGGUGGGCCACCGCAUCGUGCACGGCCUCGAUAUGUCGCAGCCCAAGCUGCUCACGCCCGACGUCAUCAGAUGCAUCCAAGACGCCUCCAUGUUUGCACCGCUGCACAACCCGCCCCACCUGCAAGGCAUAUAUGCUUCGCAGAAGGUGUUUGGGCCAGACGUGCCGCAGGUGGCUGUGUUUGACACGGCCUUCCACCAAACCAUGCCGCCCGAGUCGUACGUGUACGGCUUGCCGUACGACAUGUACGAGAAGCACAAGAUCCGGCGGUACGGCUUCCACGGCACUAGCCACAAGUACCUGGUGGAUCAGGCGGCGGCUAUGCUGGGCAAGAAGGUUUCGGAGACCAACGUCAUCACCUGCCACUUGGGCAACGGCAGCAGCGUGGCCGCUGUGCGCGGCGGGCAGUGUGUGGACACAAGCAUGGGCAUGACGCCGCUGGAGGGGCUGCUGAUGGGCACGCGCUGCGGCGACAUCGACCCGGCGGUGGUGCUGCACAUCCAGAACCAGCUGGGGCUGUCAGCCAGCGAAACGGACACGCUGCUCAAUAAGAAGUCAGGCCUGCUGGGGCUGACCGGCUCCAACGACCUGCGCACGGUGAUUGAGGGCGCGGGCAAGGGCGAGCCGCGCUCUCAGCUGGGCCUGGACAUGUUCGUGCGGCGCGUGCGCAAGUACAUCGGAGCCUACAUGGCCAUGCUGGACGGCCAGGUGGACGCGGUGGUGUUCUCCGCGGGCAUCGGCGAGAACAGCGCGCUGGUGCGGGGACUCAUCUGCGACCGCAUGCAGGCGCUGGGCAUCGCAGUGGACAAGGACGCGAACGCAGCGGCCGUGGGCGGGAAGCAGGCCGACAUCUCGGGCCCGGGCGCGCGCAUCCGCGCACUGGUCAUCCCCACCGAUGAGGAGCUUUCCAUCGCGCAGCAGACAUUGCAGGUGGUGCGCGGCGCGGCGCUGGCCGCUUGAGCCGCUGGCACCGCGUGAACCAGUGACGUACCGCAUGUCAGCUUGCACAGAGGCUGCUAUUCAUCUGCGCAAUGCGUCAAGCGUGGCAUGGAGCGUGGAGCCUUAUGGCUCGAUGGAGAAGGGACCUACACUCUGGGGCUGUGGCGGAGGGCCGGAGGCGAAGGCAGGUGAUCGGCAUUAGCGUGUGAGCUCGGUGGCGUGAGAGACUUGUAGGGUGGAAGGAGCGUGCGGCAUAUGGGGUGCCCGGAUUCGGCGGUGCAGCAGCGGCAGGACGCUUCAGGUGACUUGGAGGCAGGGGGCGUGCGUGCGCCAGCGAGGAAUCGUGUUCUGAGCGGAUUGAGUUUAUUGGGGGUUACAUCAUGAACGCGUGCAAGAGAACUGGAUGGAGCAUGGAUGUCGCGGGGGAUGGUGCGUUUGCAUGUCGCGGGAGAUGGUGCGUUUGCAUGUGCGUGGCUUUGCUUGCGUAGUCACGUGAGAACCCGGUGCAUUGCCGGCCCAUUAUGAGGGGACCUUGGCACGGCGAAUCGGAUUAUGAGCUGGUGGUGUAGCUUGCUGUUCAAGUCGGGUGUACCGCAACGGAACCGCAACGGGACCGCUGCAGCGGCGGGACUGCCUUUGGGGUCGGGUUGGGCUUAAGCCUGGAAUGGCACGAUGGCGGAUCGGUCCCAACCGCCACCCUGGCAAUGGAACCUGAAGACAAAAUAUAUAUUGCAGACUUGAUAUUAAAGCUGCUGUAUUGAACAACGUUAUAGACGACGUAUCUUGAAGCAUGCGCUUUUGGACUUCGCCCACCUUCCCGGGCGGUCCUGCGUCGUCAGACAAGGCCCCUGAGCCCUUACCAGUGUGUAGCUCGGAUAAUU